AAAUCAAGUUGUAAUUUUCUCUUUUACAUAUUUUUACGUGUAUAUGUAUAUAUAUAUACAAUUAUUUGUGCCAAAUACUGAAGACAAGCUACGCAAAUGAACAAACAGUAAAGGCCACAUGCAAAAAGAUUCAACACUGUUUGUUGAAUCUGCAACUUUUUUGGUGAGUUUCAAAUGCAAAAAAAGUAGCUUCUUCUAUGGACCAGGCAUUGAGGUGUCUGGAUCCAUUUAUUCUUUGGAAAGAGUUUGGGUUGUGCUGUCAUGUGUUAGAUGAGGCCGUGGCAUCAUCUUCAGCCAUUAAAAUUAUGUGUGUGAGAGAGAGAGGACACGAGAUUCAAAUGGUCAAAUGUUGUGUUCUUCACAUGAUAAAGCCAACCCUAGUUUAGGAGUUGUUGAUUAUAGUUCUAAUAACAAGUAAAGAUUCAAUCUUUUUGCAGUUUCAGAGGUGUAAACAGUGAUUUUCUUGAUGGAGUGAGAAAUAUUAGUGUUGUAGAGGAAAAGAGUUGGGAGAAAAAUGGCAAUGGGCGCACCUGUGAAAGUGGUUCUUGGGUCAAUUGCCUUUGCAAUCUUUUGGGUGUUGGCUGUUUUUCCUGCUGUUCCGUUUAUGCCGGUUGGAAGGACUGCAGGGUCUCUUCUUGGGGCUAUGCUUAUGGUUCUUUUUCGGGUUUUGACGCCCGAACAAGCCUAUGCUGCAAUUGAUCUUCAUAUUCUGGGGCUUCUGUUUGGGACAAUGGUUGUGAGUGUGUAUCUUGAAAGAGCAGACAUGUUUAAGUAUCUGGGGAAAUUGCUGGCCUGGAAGAGCAAGGGAGCCAAGGAUUUGCUGUUCAGAAUCUGCUUGAUUUCUGCCAUUUCCAGUGCGCUAUUCACCAACGACACGUCUUGUGUGGUGCUGACAGAGUUUGUGCUGAAAAUCGCGAGGCAACAGAAUCUGCCGCCUCACCCAUUCCUGCUAGCUCUUGCCUCGAGUGCAAACAUCGGGUCGUCUGCAACUCCAAUUGGGAAUCCCCAGAAUCUGGUGAUAGCGAUGCAGAGCAAGAUAUCUUUUGGACGGUUUCUGCUUGGGAUUUUUCCUGCAAUGAUUGUGGGGGUUCUGAUCAAUGCUCUCCUCCUGCUGUGUAUGUACUGGAAGCUGCUGUCAGCUCAGAAAGACGAAGAAGAUGCAGCUGCAGAAGUGGUGACAGAAGAAGAUGUAACCUCACAUAAUUUCUCGCCUGCAACAAUGUCACAUCUCAAUUCCAUGAACUCCCAGGAACUGACCUCUGCAUUGGAACCAGCCUCUCCAAAUGCCAAUGGCCACGCGAACUAUUCUGAGACUCUCAGGAACCGUGGCAGUCUCAGUGAAAGCGAGAUUGAGAAGGUUAAUUCUUCCAGGGUCUCAAAUGUAUCAAGCGACAGAUCAGAACACAGACCGGUGGAGCAUGUUUCCUGGAAAAAAGGCUCACUUGUUAAUGGAACUGAAACCGAACACUCCACUUUAGAAGAGGAGAAAGGAAACAUAACAAAAACCUGGAAAAGGACAACAUGGAAGCUCUGCAUUUAUCUUGUUACUAUUGGAAUGCUGAUUUCUCUGCUAAUGGGUUUGAACAUGUCAUGGACUGCAAUCACAGCAGCACUUGUUCUUGUGGUUCUUGAUUUCAAGGAUGCAAGGCCAUGUUUGGAGAAGAUAUCAUACUCCCUGCUGAUAUUCUUUUGUGGCAUGUUUAUCACAAUUGAUGGGUUUAACAAAACAGGAAUUCCAAGUGCUGUGUGGGAAAUGAUGGAGCCAUAUGCUAAAAUAGAUCACCUUAGUGGAGUAGCAGUUCUUGCUGCUGUCAUACUGUUCCUCUCAAAUUUGGCUUCAAAUGUACCUACAGUGCUGCUGUUAGGAGGAAGGGUGGCGGCGUCGGCGGCUGCAAUAUCCCCGGAAAGUGAGAAGAAGGCGUGGCUGAUAUUGGCGUGGGUGAGCACGGUGGCCGGAAAUCUGUCACUCUUAGGAUCGGCUGCAAACUUGAUAGUAUGCGAGCAGGCUCGUAGAGCUCAACACUUGGGCUACAAUUUAUCCUUCUGGAGCCAUCUCAAAUUUGGAGUUCCCUCCACUAUUAUAGUAACGGCUAUUGGCUUGUUUCUCAUACGAGGGUGACCAAUAAUGAUAUGAUUUUUUAUUUUUUUUAAUGUUCAUUUUUAGAUACUAUUUAAAAACAAAUCCAUAAGAAAUAUUUAUCA